UCAUUAGUUUGAUGAUGGUUUUACUCUCAUUUCCCUGCUGGAUUUCAGGUGGCAGAAGAUAAGUGAUCCCAAAAGCAUAGCGGAAAUACUCAGACAGGUUUAUGCUGACCAUUCUACGGAUGUUGAUAAAGUGUUCUCUCAUAUAGUUGAGAUCACUCGCCAUCCCGCUGCUGCUGCCUCGCUUGCUUCCAUUAUGUGUGCUCCUGCCGGACAGCUUUCUUUCGCCGAUGCUUUAUCUAUGUGUAAAAAAAACAAAGUUCCCAUCUGUCUCAUGUAUGGAAGAGAAGAUCCGUGGGUGAAACCGAUAUGGGGACUAAGGAUAAAGUGGCAAAUACCCAACGCUCCUUACUAUGUGAUCAGCCCCGCCGGUCACUGCCCUCACGACGAAGUCCCUGAGGUCGUAAACUAUCUGCUUCGCGGGUGGAUCCAGCACCUGGAAUCGGGUGGUUCUUCGUCGCUACCGCAUCUGGAAGACGAAGAUUCUGAAUCAAGCAUUGCCCGAGAACUCGAAUUUCCUAGAGACGGUUCCAAGAAAUCGGUGAAUCUACGGUUGUACGGAUCUAAGUAUUCGCUAUGGAGACAGGUUGGUUCGUACUUGAGAUCCAAUUUGAGUUUGGUGCUAAAGAAGUCUGCCCAGGACAAAAGCACAUGUUAACUGUUGUCCGAAACCAACAAAGUUAGAUGUAAAUUAUCUUGUAUAUUCAAAAUGCCUUAUUCUUCGUGUAAGUUUAUAUAAAGCAUUGUAUUAUUCUUUUACCACUUUUUCA